UCUAUGUCCAAACCUAUCGGUGCGAGUGAGAAUGUAGAUAUUGAAUUUUUUUUAUAGUAAUUGGUGAAUAAUAAUAUAUAUUUUCAGUUGUCAGAGAAUUUUUUUUCCCGCGAAGAUGAUGGAAGCGAGAAGCGAGCAGUUAACCCUGCAGUGGGACGACUUCCACAGCAACCUGUCGACGAGCUUCCACUCGCUGCUGCAAGGGGAGGAGCUGGUGGACGUGACGCUCGCGGCCGACGGUCGCUUCAUCCAGGCCCACAAGCUGGUGCUGUCGGUGUGCAGCCCGUACUUCAAGAGCCUGUUCAAGGCGAACCCGUGCCAGCACCCCAUCGUCAUCCUCAAGGACGUGGGCCACAAGGAGCUGGUGGAUGUGCUGCAGUUCAUGUACCGCGGCGAGGUGAGCGUCGGCCAGGAAGACCUCGCCGAGUUCCUCAAGACCGCAGAGCUGCUGCAGGUCAAGGGACUGGCGGGGGACGACGCGGACGUGCCCGAGGAGUCCAAGGAACAAGAAACUGCAAUAAAAUAUGCUCCAUCUGAACCUCCGCCAAUCUCACAGAGAAGCAAGAUCAAAACACCACUUGGAUCUCCUGCAAAUGUUGUGGCUGAAACAUCGAUCAAGACUGUAAUCGCUCCCAACCAAGAAUUUGCACAGCAGCCACCCAAGAAGCGAAGGUGUCAUGAACAACCCCAGUACAGUCCCCAGGGACAGUCACCUCCCCUCCCCCAAGCGACCGUGCUGCAGACGGCCAUGAUCACCCCCAGCUCUGGUUGUGAAGUCAGUGACUCGAGUAGAAAAGUGGAGGCUGUCGAACUGCUGAUCUCCAAGGAAGAGUCCGUGGAAGUAGACUCUGACAUUGAGAAAAAGAAUGCCUCUUUUGAAAAUGGCUCUGACUUAUCAGAAUUCAGUGAAGGACAGAGAACUCAGUCACUUCAAGUCUGUCAAGAAAUGGUGCUUCCAGUCGGGCCGUGCGUUUCCUCACGGGACAUCAGCAUUCCGCAAGAAGGCGAGCAAUGUGUCGUAGAAUUUGUGCAGAAAGGCAAAGUUCUGGCGCUGGGUGACUUCCUGUACCGCGUGUUGAACCGCAAGAGCAAAACUAAGCACUGGGUCUGUUAUGAGCAUAUUAAGUUUAAGUGCCGGGCUUGUAUCAAGACCAGUGGUAGUAGCUUGAUUGUCACUAGUUUGAAGCAUAAUCAUCCUCACAAUGCUCAAAAGAUUCAAGAAAGAAGGUGGAAAACAUGGCUUUCCUCAUUUUAUGUAUUUACAAACAACUGAUAAAGAAAAUAUCUACAUAACUUGCCAUUGCACAUCUCAAUUAUCUUUCUCCAUAUGGAGUGCCAUAUUUUAACUCACCUUGUAAAUUUUUUGUAUUUUUUUUUGGAAGCAGGGUUAGGAAAAAAACUGUUUUUUUUUUGUUUUAAACAGUUUGUCAUGUUUUAAAGAGUUUUUUUUAAGUUAAUUUUUUGUUUUGUUUUUAAUAUUAAUUUUAAUCAAAUCAAAACACCAGAAUAUGUUUUGCACAUAUGGUUUCAGCAGAAGUCCCUUCAGGUGUAAGGUAUAUUGCUACACAUUUUUGAAUAUGGAAUUCCCUGACAUUGCCCGGUUUUCCCUGACUGUAGCCAUUCCGGAUAUUAUUAAGUACAAGGCAAAAAGUUAACCUUUCAAGGAGUACUUAUUCAGUCCUGUAACACUAAAAGAGAUUAAACCUCUAGUAUGGUGGAUGGCUUUGGAGAAAAGUACUCAUCAUGCAACUUUGAACCUGGCACAUCAGUUACACAGUGCAGUGGCUUCGUCAGCUGGUAUUGAACGUCUUUUCUCCACAUUCGGGUUUGUGCAUAGUUCUGUAAGGAACCGGCUAGGAACAGAGAAGGCUGCCAAACUUGUAUCUGUUUUCUGUGCACUUACCUAACAAAAACAGAUUUUAAUUAGGUUAGAUGAAGUUAGUGGAACUGGCACCCUAUCUGGUAUGACUGGUUUGACCCCAAGCAGUGCUGGUAUUUUAUGUUUAUGUGAGGAAUGUGUUUCACUUCAAAACUUCUCAUCUUAAUCUGGAUAUUUAUCACAAUUGGUGACUUACAAUGAGACAGUGAUGCUUGCGAUGAAAAUGUCAAUAUGCAGUUUUCGUUUUCGUAAGAAAUAAAACUCUUUUUAAAAUACAUAUAAAAAAACAUGUUUAGAACAGAAUGUUUUAAACAUUGUGUUUUAAACUUGUUUUAUUCAGAGUGUAUUGUUUAAAACAAUUUUGAACAUAUUGUUUUAAACGUGCCAACCCUGUUUGUAAGCAUCAGAAAUGUUGAGUUGUAAUUGCAAUUUAAUACAUUGCCAUAAUGCUCUGCUUUUCCCCAAAUAUAGUGAAUACUAUGUAUAUAUAACUAACCUUUAAAGACCAUAUUUGUCUCUUCUGGACUGAAAAUAUUGUUUUCAAGUUUGUGUUUUUCCAUUAGAAAAUACAAUAAAUUUGCUGUAGCAAUUGGUUUCUCUAAAAAAGUAUCUUUAAAAUGGUGGCACUCAUAUUAGGGAUGUACCAAGGAUAGGAUGUCUUAGACUUAAAAAACUUAAAAGUCUAACAUGCAUCAUUUAAAAGUAAAGGUGUACAAUAAACAUUUGUUUUUUAUAUAGUCUUAGACAAAAUUCAAAUGAGAUCAUGAAUAUCCUACAGAAUGAAAAUGAGAUUGAGAAUCUAAUCUAAUUAAAGCAACUAUAAUUAUUUAUUGUUAUCACAAAAUUAGUGUAAAUUUGACUCAGUAGUUUAUUAUUUACUUAUUACUGCAUUGAAACAUAAGAUUUAUUAAUACACUAUUUUUUAAAACAAUAUUUUUUAAAUUUUUAAUGUGAUAUCAAAAAUUCUAUUUAAUAAGAGAAACAAAAGCUUGCUCCAAAUAUUUACAUUUUUGUGUGUAGACACACACACUGAAUUUUUUUUUAUUUAUAUUUGAAUAUAGUUAAUUUUUGUGAUUCAUUAAUAUUAAACACAGUUGUUUAAUUAUAAACGUAAUUUAUUUUAUUUCAAAUUAAAUGGCUAUUUAGAAGAAAACUCUGAAAGGUUAUUUCAGUAAAUUGUUAAAAAGGAGUUUUCAACUGAUUGAAAAUGUAUAAAGGUGAAAAUAAUCUUUUGUCAGAUAAAAUUUCCACUGUGCCUUAUCAAAUAAUUUUUUAUAUGAUGGUUAAUAUUUACAGAGGAAAUUACUUAUUUAAAUUUAAAAAUAAAUGCUAGGCAACUUUAGUCUUUUUUCUUAUGUAUAUUGGGGUACAACUUAAAUAAUGUUCCAUAGUGCCAAAUGAAAGAAUGUUACUAUAUAAUUUGAAUUAAAAUUGGUGAUUGUAAAUUUCCAUAAAAAUUAAUUUUGCUAAGCUAUGCACAUAAUUUGAGAGCUUUAUUGUAGCUAUUCUUAAUGACAAUUUUUGUUAAAUAUACACCUGUGGUAAACUUUG